UGCGGCAUGUAGGCUGUUUGGCGGCGCCACUGGCGGUUCCUUGAAAUGGCCUUAUUUAAUUUUCGUAGUGAAUUCUUUUGAAUCCCAUGAUAACUAUGAAACCUUAUGUCAUCGCCGACCAAAAAUUCGAAAUACUGAUUUUCUACACGUUUUUCUAUGCUUUUAAUGUAUUAUUUUAAUUUCCAGAAUGGAAUAAGUGUUAAAUGAAUUUUAGGUAUGACUAGAGACGCUCGUUACUCGCUUCAUGCUCGGCGGCCAUGUCUGAAGCUCGCUUGGACCUUUGAGAGUUCGUGUUGUGCUAUUCUUUGUUGUAAUAAAAAAGACAGUGGUUUUUGUUGCUGGUAGACAAUGAAUUAGUAAUAUACUUAAUGACUAUGAACUUUGUCAAAUGUGGAGUGUUUUACGUAGACGAGCAAAUCGAUAGAAUUUGUUCUUGCAGAAGUUACUCCAACAUCGUAUUUUUAGUUCAUCCGCCAUAUUGGCGUUAAUAUAUCUUCGUUUGGACUAGCCUCAGGGUGACCAAGCGAUUUGUUCAGCUUCCAACAGACAUCAAGAGUCCUGCAUUUAUGUGCAAGGUCUAAAAAAUAAUGAAAUGAAUAGAAUACAGUACACAUAGGUGCAAACGCACCACAAUAUAUUAUGAAAGAAAGGUUAAAUGCUAUAAGAGGGUAUAGCUGAUGCCUCUUAGCCAGAAAUUGGAUGAGCCACUUGUUACAAUUGAGGUAGAUUGCAGACUCCAGCACAAUGCAGCAGGCAGUCGAUCCUCUUGCUACAACAAGCACUCCGUCGGCGGAACCCGUGAACGGGACGCCCUCGGAGGAGGCUCCGCGGCGACAAGGGCGGGUGACCAAUCAGCUCCAGUUCCUCCAGAAGAACGUGAUUAAGGCUGUGUGGAAGCAUCGAUUCGCAUGGCCUUUUCACCAACCUGUGGACGCAAAGAAAUUGAAUCUUCCUGAUUACCACAAAAUCAUCAAAAAGCCCAUGGACUUGGGCACCAUCAAGAAGCGAUUAGAGUCAAACUACUACUAUUCAGCUCAAGAAUGUAUUCAGGACUUCAAUACAAUGUUCACAAACUGUUACGUCUACAACAAACCUGGCGAGGAUGUAGUCGUAAUGGCGCAGACUUUAGAAAAACUUUUUCUAAAUCGGAUAGCGCAAAUGGACAAGGAGGAGAAGGAGAUCGAAAUGCCGUCGAACAGCAACAAGAGCGCGGUGAAGAAGCGCACGGGCGGCUCGAGCGGCGGCGCGGUGACGCCGGCGCCGGCGCCCGCGGGCCCGCGCGCCACGCCGUCGGCGCCCGCCAAGCCCGCGCCCGCGCCGCUGCCCGCCUUCGUGGGCUCCACCAACACCACCACCACGCCCACGCUCAGCGCGCCCCAGGCCACCCCGCCCGCCACGCACACCGGCCUGCCGCAACAGGUAGCGACACAACCUUCCAACUUCCACGUGACCCAAGCGGCCGCGCAGCCGGUGCCGACAAUACCGGCGGUCACACUGUCACAGACACAACCCGCUAAAGUGAAAAAAGGUGUUAAAAGAAAAGCUGACACAACAACGCCCAUGGGCAGCUCGUUUGAAGGUGGCUACACAACCCCCACCAUCGACCAACAGAGCGGACCCAAGCCUGCCAAAAUUUCCACAAGAAGGGAAAGUGGAAGGCAAAAAAAGGUAAAGGCGAGUCGAGUGGUUGAAGACGGGUUCAAAAUGGACGGUCUGUCGCCGGUGGUGGGCGGCGCGGGCGCGUCGCACGCCUCGCUCACGCCGCAGAUGGCCAAGGGCAAGGAGAAACUGUCGGACGCACUCAAGAGCUGCAACGAGAUACUCAAGGAGCUGUUCUCUAAGAAACAUUCGGGUUAUGCAUGGCCGUUUUAUAAACCUGUGGAUGCAGAGUUGCUAGGUCUACAUGAUUAUUUUGAUAUUAUUAAGAAACCUAUGGACCUUGGAACUGUCAAACAAAAGAUGGACACUAGAGCUUACAAAACGGCUGCGGAAUUCGCAGCCGAUGUUCGUUUAAUAUUUACGAACUGCUACAAAUACAACCCGCCCGACCACGACGUGGUCGCGAUGGCUAGGAAACUUCAAGACGUUUUUGAAAUGAGAUAUGCGAAGAUUCCUGAUGAACCAAGUCAUGUAGGAGUGCCACAUAUUGAUAAGGGAAGUUCCGCGUCUAGUUCAGAAUCAGGCUCAGAGUCAGAAUCAGAAUCUGAUGACUCCGAGGAAGAAAGAAAUAGAGCAGUCAAAUUGUUAGAAAAGGAAUUGCUCGCACUACAGGAGAAAAUGAGGAAACUUGUCGAAGAGUCGAGCAACAAGAAGAAGGCGAAAAAGAAAGUUAAAGAUAAACAGAAAAACAAACAAAUCACAAACAGUGCAAUUCCUAAAACAAACGCUGUCGCUACAUACAACGCUAAAGCAAAUAAUAUUGGUGAAAAUUUAGCGACGAGCGGCGUGCGCGGCAAGCCGGGCGGCAAGCGCGGCGGCGGCGCUGCGGCCACGGCCACGGCGGCGGCGGCAGCGAGCGCGGGCGCGGGCAAGACGGCGGCGCGCGGAGCCCCCGCCAAGAAGAAGAGCUCCACGCCCACGGCCGCGCCGCAGCACCACCCGCCGCCGCACCACGCGCACCAGGACUCGGAGGACGAGGACCUCGCCAAGCCCAUGUCCUACGACGAGAAGAGGCAGCUCUCGCUCGACAUCAACAAACUGCCUGGUGACAAACUAGGAAAAGUAGUUCACAUAAUUCAGAGUAGAGAGCCUUCACUGAGGGACUCCAAUCCUGAUGAAAUCGAGAUCGAUUUCGAAACAUUAAAACCAUCCACGCUUAGAGAAUUAGAAAGCUACGUCGCGUCGUGUCUUCGGAAGAAAACGCAUCGAAAGGUGUCAGGCAAAUCUAAGGAUGAACAAAUAGCUGAAAAGAAACAAGAAUUAGAAAAAAGGUUACAAGAUGUAUCAGGACAAUUAGGAACACAUAAGAAACAACAACCUAAAAAAGAAGGCUGCAAGGACGGGCUCGGGGGCGGCAUGUCGUCGUCAUCCAGCUCGUCCGACUCGUCCAACUCGUCGUCCAGCACCGACACCAGCUCGUCCGACAGCAGCGACAGCGAAGCAGGCACGGGCUUGGGAAAGCCAUCCAAGAAAAAGGUCAAAAAGCAGGCUAAUGCACUUCCAUCACAAACUAAAACGGUGGCGCCCGUGACAGUGAGCGCGCCGGCGGCGCCCGCCCCGCCGCCCGCGCCCGUCGAGGUGCCGCCGCCCGCCGACGUGAAGCCCGCGCUCGCGGAGCAGGCGCCUUCGCCGCCGCCCGCGCCCAAGAGCCAGCCCGCGCCGCCCGCGCCGCCCGCCACCGCCUGCCCCGCGCCCGCGCCGCCGCCCGCCGUCAGCGUCCCCGACUCUUCCAACGUAUCGGUUCUGAGGGAGUUAGAGAACCAGAAGCUUCCCCUGAAAACGGAACCGCGGAACGGGCUCGACAAAGUGGACGCUUCACAGUACAUAGAUCCCAUCGAGCGCUCGCUCGCCAGCCUCGAGCGGAGCCUCCAAGCGGACGUGCCCAUGGACGUCAGCGUCGGCGCGUCCGAGCCGGCGAUGCGCCUCGACGACUUCGCGCUGCCGAAGCCGCCGAUCGUUCCCGACGAGGCGCACCACACGCUGAUGGCGCAGCUCGGCGGGCUCGCCGACAUGACGCACGUGGCGGAGCAGAUCAAGAACGAGAUGUACGUGCCGCCGCACAACGGCUUCGUGGAGAAGAGCUUGCAGCACGAGCGGGACGCGCUGAGGGCGGACAUCAACACCAACGUGCCCGGCAUGACGGCGGCGCCCGCCACCUCCAUCUUCGACCCGGUGUACGCGGCGCCGCUGGCGCACGCGGCCGGCGCGCAGGCGCACCCCGGCAUGAACAUGAACGUGUCCAACGUGAUGCCGUCGGUCGUCAAAAAGGAGGAAGUCAAACCGCUGUUGACGCCCAAGCCUAUCGAGGAUCUCAUGGGGCCGAACGUGGUGACGAACAAUAUGACGGACCGGGUCAAAUACGAAAUGGACAAGAAACUUGAAGACACCAAGAAUUCUAAUUUUGCUCAAGCCUUUAAACUGAAACAGGAACAGAAUUUGAAGAACGCCAGCUCCUGGUCGUCGCUGGCCCAAGCCGGCAGUCCACAGAGUAUACCCAACGUGGGCGCCAACAAUCAAAUUAAGCAGAAACCUGUCAUGGAUACCUUUCAAGCAUUUAAGAAACAGGCUCGUGAAAAGAUAGACAGGCAGCGAGCACUAAUAGAGCAGCAAGAGUUACGGAAGAAAGAACAAGCCGAGAGAGAGAGACAACGACAAGAAACAGAAAGGCGGCAUCCUGAAGAUGAUAAAAUGAGAGUGGGCGUGAGCGCACGCAAGGCGGAGAGUGCGGAGGUGUCGUCGCCGUCCGUGUCGCCGGUGGCGCGCGGCUCGCCCCCCGCCGCGCCCGCCGCGCCGCCGCCCGCCGCGCCCGACAAGCCGCCCGCCACCGAGCGCGAGCGCCUGCGCCAGCGCGAGCAGGAGCGGAGACGGCGAGAAGCGAUGGCGGGCAUGAUUGACAUGAAUAUGCAGAGCGACAUGAUGGCAGCCUUCGAAGAGUCGUUGUAAUGCGUUACGCGGACAUUAUAUUUAGUUGUACAUAUGAGUAUAUAAAGUAAAUUUAAUGUCAAUGCAAUCUAUACAUAUAGUGAUAGUAAGACACCAGAGUGAUUUUGUGAUCGUUUUGUGUGUGAACUGUUGACUAACAAUGUGGUUAAGUGCUGUGAAUAGAUAUACUUAAUAUAAAUUAAACUGUUGUAUCAUCAAUCUUGACAUCGUGAAUGCGUGCUAUAGGCCUUUACAAGGGGGUUGCAUUUUAACAUAAAACUGUAUUAUAAUAAGUUUGUAUGCAAGUUCUUGAUGUAAACUAUCUUUACAUUCGUAAGCCUAUGAUAUAUUUAUAUUUUUCUUCUAAGAUUGUCUACCUUCCCAACUUGUUUUAUAUAGUAUAUACUAAUUAAAUAAAAUGGUAGAAUUUUAAAUGCGAAAAUCAAAAAAUAUUUUGUUUUAACGAUAAAUUAGACAAUCAAUUUUAAACCAUGGAUUUAUUCAAGUGCUGCGACACUGUAGGCUGCGCCGUGUUGUAGGCCUGUAGGCCGUGCUGUAGCAUGCUGUGGCGUGCUGUAGCAUGCUGUGGCGUGCUGUAGCAUGCUGUGGCGUGCUGUAGCAUGCUGUGGCGUGCUGUAGCAUGCUGUGGCGUGCUGUAGUAUGCUGUGGUGUGCUGUAGCAUGCUGUGGCGCCGCGUGCAGUAGCAGCGUGCGUUAUGUAUUUAAUAGUGAAUGGUAUUCUGUUACAUGUUCGAUUUUCGAUAAAUAUUGCUUAAUGUUAGUAGAUUUUUUAUCAGUCUGUCAACAGUAAAACAGAUCAAAUGUCAUACAUUUGAUUUGAAAUAUAUUUAUUUUACAUUGGAAUUUGUCUUUUUAUGUUUUGUAGUUAGAUAACUCCAGUGGAAAAUGUAUAAAAGUAUUAUUGGAAUCAAUCAUACUCAUAAGUUUAUGGUAUGAGUAAGUAAUAAUACGGUACCACCCCGUUAACGACAAUUGUAUUAUAAUAAGCAAAUUAUAAUUUCAGCCAUCUUCAGACUAAUUAAUUAAAAAUGUAGAUAUAAAAGUAAAAUAUAUUGACAUUCCAUAUUGUACUGUGUUGUUUAAAUUAAUGUAUAAUUUUUUCAAACGACAUGUAUAACUACUUGGAUCCGUACAUCAUAUUCUAAAUAAUGAAUAAAUCUUAUGUCUACUACAUUUUUAAAUUGGAGAGAUCAUUUUUGGAAACUUCAUUUAAAUCAACUUUUGAUUAAUAAAACUACCACUGCUGGGCACAUCAGCAAGCCUUUUGUCAUUA